UUCCAUAAAUUGAAACACAGGUCCUGCCCAGGAACUGGUAGAAAAACCAUUCUUUGAGACAUUAGCCCGAGCAUUAAGACCAGGCGGUGUGCUUUGCAAUAUGGCUGAGAGUAUGUGGCUUCACACACAUUUGAUUCAGGAUAUGCUUUCUAUUUGCCUUCAAACAUUCAAGGGUUCUGUUCACUAUGCAUGGACUAGCGUCCCUACAUAUCCAAGUGGUGUUAUUGGGUUUGUGUUAUGCUCCACCGAAGGGCCGCCUGUUGACUUUUUGAAUCCGAUCAAUCCCAUUGAAAAGCUUGAGGGAGCGCUCCAAUAUCGUCGGGAACUAAGGUUUUACAACUCUGAGGUUCACAAAGCUGCAUUUGCGUUGCCGUCUUUCGUAAAGCGGGAGGUGAGCUGUCUGCGAGAUGUUCGACCUACAAAUGGUGUAAACUCAGUAGUUUGAUUUUUUCCCGACUAUUUAUUUCCAUGAAUAUUUGGAACUUAUUUGUGAAGACUUGAGAACUAUCACACUUGGAGAAUAAGCAUUUCUAGCAUACAUGAUAUGCUGCAAUUACGCUCUACAUUAAGGAUUUUAUUUAUUUGAAUUAUGUUGGAAGAAAACUAUUGAUG